AUGCAUAAGCAAGUCGAUACGAAGAUUUUUACCUGUUCGUUUGUGUGGUGUAAAAAUUUACUUGCUGACUUGAGAAAUGAUCAAAGUUUUGAAUGUUUAGGUGUUUAUGUGACAAUCACUUUUAAGAGUCUGAAGUCUAACGAAAUUAUUUGUCGUAAAAUCUCCCAACAAGGAAACUCGAACACCUUGAACACACAUUGA